GCAGGGGAGUUGGCCAGCUGCAGCCAUGAAACUGGUGCUGUUGCUGGCCCUCUUCCUGUGGGAUCAGGCCAGGGGGGCUAGCAGGGGGGCCCCCAAGAUGCCCUCCAAGGAGCUGAGCCCCUCAUCUGCUCUGGGUCCCAAGAACCAUAGCUCCUCAUCUGCUCCCCUCCCCGAGGACCCAGCCCUCACAGAUAGCCCCCCAGAGGAGCUGAGAACCCAGGAUCCAGCCCCACAACUGCGCCCCGUGGAGGCCCCACGAUGCUGUGUGUGCUGCUCCUGGCAGCCCUGCUGGGCCUGGCAGGGGCCCUGCCCUUCGAGCAAACCGCCUUCUGGGAUUUCUCCAUGGACGAGGGCCCGGCCCUGCAGAACGACGAGGAGGCCUCGGGCAUCUUCCCCACCUCGGGGGUCCCUGACUUCGAGGACGUCGUCACCACCUACGGGGGCCUGUGCCCGUUCGGCUGCCACUGCCACCUGCGGGUGGUGCAGUGCUCUGACCUGGGCCUGAGAACGGUGCCCAAGGAAAUCGCCCCCGACACAAAGCUGCUGGAUCUGCAGAACAACCAGAUCACGGAGCUGCGGCGGGACGACUUCAAGGGGCUGCAUCACCUCUACGCCCUGGUCCUGGUGAACAACAAGAUCUCGCGGGUGCACGAAAAGGCCUUCAGCCCCCUGCACCGGCUGCAGAAACUCUACAUCUCCAAGAACCUGCUGGCCGAGAUCCCGGCCAACCUGCCGCCCUCCCUGGUCGAGCUGCGCAUCCACGACAACAAGAUCCGCAAGGUGCCCAAGGACGUCUUCAAGGGGCUCGCCAACAUGAACUGCAUCGGUGAGACAGGGACGCUGGGCUCAUUGCCCCAGCGUCCUACCUGCCAGGGGCCCAGCUACCCUGGCAUCCCGCCUGCCAGCCCAUCGCCCCGGCAUCCCGCCUGCCAGGGGCCCAGCUACCCUGGCAUCCUGCCUGCCAGCCCAUCGCCCCGGCAUCCCAACUGCCAGGGGCCCAGCUACCCUGGCAUCCCGCCUGCCAGCCCAUCACCCCGGCAUCCCACCUCCCAGGGGCCCAUCGCUCCGGCAUCCCGCCUGCCAGCCCAUCGCCCCGACAUCUCGCCUGCCAGCCCAUCGCCCCAGCAUCCCUCCUGCCAGCCCAUCGCCCCAGCAUCCCGCCUGCCAGCCCAUUGCCCCGGCAUCCCGCCUGCCAGGGGCCCAGCUACCCUGGCAUCCCACCUGCCAGCCCAUCGGCCUGGCAUCCCGCCUGCCAGCCCAUCACCCGGGCAUCUCGCCUGCCAGCCCAUCGCCCCG